UCGACGGCCAAGAUUAGUCCUGAAAAUGUGCUAUCAUCAAUUACAUGAUGUUGGGCAUCAGCCUGAAGCUGAGGGUGCUACGGGCACAAGAAGACGAGGAGAUCCAUUGCAUGUCGGGGACAUCAAUCAGGACCUUUUGGUGGGUAUCCGGAACCUGUCCGUCACCAAUGGGCCUGGGGCGAUCUUGGCCGUCGAUCAACCAACGGGGUCCGAAGUCGAUGGUCAUCGCAUUCACUCCCUUGAAGGAGCAGCAGUUAUAUCUAUCUCCGCACUUUUUGAUCUGGUCCAGAUUAGACUGCUUAAAUUGGUCAUAGACUCGCUCAGGGCUCUCGUGGACAGUGAACAACAAGGGGAUCCGCUCGUAGUGACCGAAGAGCAGCGGCAUGAUGGAAUCAUGGAGCACAAAGAACAGCGCCAAGAAUCGCCAUGCCCCCCCGAAGGGGGGAGACUGGAAGGGAGAGCUGAAGGUAUUCCUAAGUUGGAAGUGACUGUGCAAUCGCUAGUGGCAGUUCAGUCUGAUGCGACCGCUUCCGGCCCCCCCGAGCUCAGAAUGGCGGAAGAAAGUCUGGAGGAGGACGAAUGGCGAGCGUGUAAUGUGCACAACAGAAGAAUAUCUGAUCAGCAGAAGCAUGCUAUUGUACAUGCGUUUAAGGAUUCUCCAAAUCUUCUAUCAAUGGCGCAGAUGGCAUCGAUAAGAUUGGGAAGUCCAGGGUCAAGAGGCUAUCCUUUUCUUGUCCUGGUUGUUGUUGGAACUCUUUCCUUUGGAUUCUCGACACGCUUCCUCGCGUUUGUGCUGAAGUUUACAUCCCAUGACAUUGUCACAACUCACUCCAAGGUGCUGACGAAGACGCCUUUUGAGUAUGGCAUGGUGGCUUUUGGCACAGCAUUCAGCAUUUUUGGAUGCUCGCUAACGUAUCAACGAGAGCUGGAAAAAAAGAUUGCGGCCUUUCUCGUUUGCUACGUUCACAUUCUGGCAUUCAUGACCAACUACUACAAUUAUCGAGGCGACCGAGUUGCUGAGAAGCCGAUGAAGCGAGGAGGAACUGUCGAGGGAGGAAGGCACUUCCUGACCGUCAGAACGAGGUCAGACGUCGAUGAGGAGAGAGUUGACGAUGCCAGACUCACACGUGCUAGAUCACGUAGGAUCCCGCACGUGUUCCAGGCCUUAGAACUGGGAGAAGAAAGAUGUCUACGCAGAGCCCGUGCACUAGCAGCUGCUAGGGAAACAGCAAAUGCCGCAGCUAGGGAACAGGCUGCCGCAGCAGCUAGGGCAGCAGCCAUGGCUAGCUCAGCAGCAUCCUCUGCGGCCUUGUCUGGGACCAAUGGGACCCAGUUGGGAAUGCCCACAAGGUCCACGUCCAACUCUUUAGGUUCUGGACAGUCUACAAGUCAAAUGGCGGGCUCACAGUUAAGUCCGUUGACUCCUCGCGAAAGGGAGCUUAGGGAGCUCCAACAGGUCGAAAGGAUCCGUGAACAGUUAGAGAGGGAUCUGAAGAAAACUACCGACAGAGAAAUAGAGAUUAAAAAUAGAGCAGCUAGGCUUGAUACUUUAGAGGCUGACAAAGUUGAGUUAGAGGGCUUGGAUGAGUCAGCAUUGACUGACCAAAUGAAAACACUGAAGAAGAAUAUGUUGUCGCUGCAUGCGCACGUGGACAGCAGAUUAGACUUCAUGCAAAGCACUCUAGACCAGAUCCUGGAUGUUUUGACAAAGCCAGGAUUCAGGCCACCAGCACAAUCGUCGUUGCCGUUAUCGACGAUGUCAGGUCCCUUUCCACUUCAAGCUGGUACACAGCCAAGUGGUACGUUUGCAGCAACCGCACAGAUUGUUGCAUCUUCUUCUUCGGGUCCAGCGGUGGUUGCUACACCACCGCAACAACCUGUUCCUCAACAGGGACAGCAGCAAGGUCAAUGGUACCCUAAGACCCCAAUGAAACCGCCUCUUGCCUUCUCAGGCGAGAGAAAGAACGAAGAACUCAACACAUGGUUGAGGACCGUCCCGGUUUGGGUGAAGGCAAAGAGGACCUUGCCUGAGGAUGAAGUGGUAACUGCUGCAUCUUACCUCGAGGGUAAGGCAGCCAAAUGGCUAGAUGGUGUAUUUGUGAAGGCAAGGUGCGGGCGCCGCAUGGCGGACUGGGCUAAGUCAUUAACGUUAGACCAGUUCAUGGAAAUGGUAGAAGCUCGAUGGCAUAAUCCACACGAGGCUCAAAGAGCCACUGAUGCGAUUAACAAACUGGACCAACGAAAGUUCAAGUCGGUCAGAGCGCUUACGACUACCGUUGAGAGUCUGAUCCUCGCCCCUGGCAUCAACUAUGGUGACCAGUUCCUGUUAACAACCUUUGUUAGAUGUCUUCCUGAGAACAUCAAGAACUUGCUGGCCAGCGAGGCACGCCUCGAGCCGGAAGAUGCGAAGGUGGCUAGUAUUCGAGACUGGUCACGACCUCAGACGGUCACUGAGGUCAGAUCAUUCUUAGGAAUGUGCGGCUACUAUAGGAACUUCGUUAAGAACUAUUCUACAGUCGCCUCUCCUUUGACUGAUCUAACUCGACUUGACACGCCGUGGGACUGGAGUGAUGAGUGCGAGGGUGCUUUCAAGAGAUUGAACCAUGCACUCAUGAAUCAUAAGGUCCUCAUGGUUCCUGAUCCUCAGAAGCCAUUCAUAGUGACCACUGACGCAAGCCAAUACGGCAUUGGCGCAGUGCUGGCUCAGCAGGAUGGGAAGAAGUUGAGACCGAUUGAGUACAUGAGCAAGAAGAUGCCAUCGAAGAAGCUGGCAAAGUCCACCUACGAACGGAAACUCUAUGCUCUAUACAAAGCACUUGUCCAUUGGAGACACUUCCUGUUCGGAAGGUUCUUCUACUUGAGGACUGAUCAUCAGACCCUCAAAUGGAUCAAGACUCAACCGGCUCUUUCUGACGCACCCAAGCGAUGGAUUGAGGUCAUAGACCAAUAUGACUUCAAGCUUGAGUAUGAGGUCAUAGACCAAUAUGACUUCAAGCUUGAGUAUCUGAAGGGAGAGUAUAACAAGGUUGCUGAUGCGCUAUCACGUAGAGCCGACUACCUAGGUGCGCUAGUUUCUGACUUUGGCGUAUCUGAAGAAGUAACUCAUUCAUUGGUGGGAGCCUAUCAGGAAGACCCUGUCAUGAUGGACAUCAUUCGCAAACUUCAGGCAAAAGACAAGGCCACGGAAAACGAGUUUGUGAUGGUGGACGGGCUCCUCUAUCUUGAUAAGACCGGAAUAAAAAGAUUAGUAGUUCCAUCUAGUGAACCUUUGCGUAGUUUGUUCUUAGGAGAAUACCAUGACGCAACGGAACACUUCGGCUACAAGAAGACGAGUGCUAACCUAGUACAGCGAUUUUGGUGGCCAGGAAUGUUAGAUGACGCAAAGAAGUACGUAGAGACCUGUCAGGUCUGUCAGCGGGACAAGCCGCGAACUCAAGCACCGCUUGGGUUGUUGAAGCCUUUGCCUAUUUCUCCUGGUCCACGACAGAGUGUUUCCAUGGAUUUCAUGGACACCCUGGUGACUAGUAAGAGUGGCAAGAGGCACAUCUUCGUCAUCAUCGAUCGAUUCACCAAGUACGCUAGACUAGUGGCUAUGCCAGAGACCACAAGAACUGACUAUGUCAUCAAGUUGUUCAAAGACAACUGGUGGCUGCACACAGCUCCCACAAUUGUUGCUCUUCUUGGUCAUACUCUUGGAUUCUCUCUUGCAGAGGUUUGUCUCACAGCACUUUGCCAUAUGUUGAUGAUUUUGAUCUCCCUAGCAAGCACGCUGACGGCUUCAUUGAAAGCCGUGAAGUUAUUGAUGGCACUAGAGUCUACUAUGUUCUUUCUCUGCAUUACAAUCACAUGGUUGCUGAUGGGCAGAUCCUUCAAUCAGAUUACCGAUGACAUUGGGCAACGGAACUUGAGUGUGCUGCAAUCGUACAUGGUCAUAUCAUGGAACCUUCUCCCAUUUAUCAAUGUGGUGUUUGGAGCCCUCCUGCUUGAAGCCGACUAUCAGAUGAUUGAUUGGAAGCAGGACAAGUCCGAGAAGGCAUUGACCAAUAUGGAGGUGGGGACCGCCAUGGAGGAGGUGCUGGAGGUUCACCGGCAUAAAGAAAGGUAAAUCCACAAUUAAACCACCAGAACACCUGGGCCUGUUUCACCUAACCGACGCGCCCCCUGCGUACCGAGUUUUGCCCUUUCAAACCACCAGUACUUGGGCGACGCCUUAGCGUUAAUGCUACGCGAUUUCCGCGGCCGGCGGGCCGGCGAUAAAUCGAAUCGACAGCC